GCGCAUGCGCACCAUUUUGUUUUCGUCAACUGUUUUGAGUUUUUGAACACUUUAUAGUUUAUUGGUGAUUCCGUAGCCGAAUACAUGUAUCUUUUUUUUUUUACUGUAGGGAACCUAUUUAGACUUCUUUAUCGCAGACUAUUGUAAUCUUCAGGCUACUUUUUUUACCCUUACCUCGGCUCUCAAAAUGUUCCAGGAGACGAUAAAGGACUUCAACAUUAAUUUCAACGCUUUAAAUGAGAAUAACAGCAUCUCUCAGGGGGACCUGAUGACGGGACACAUCUCCUUCGUCCUCACGAAGGCGACGAAGAUCGAUUCCAUCGCGAUGGCCCUGACGGGGAGGGCCAACGUCCACUGGUCCACCGGCGGUGGAGGGAGCAGGAAGAGGAGAAGAUCUCGCACACACUACUCUGCAAAACUGGACUUCUUUAAAUUUAAAAGCGUCAUCGUGCACAGUAACAACGCUGUUGGUGGGAUGCAGCUCCAGCCUGGCAGGCACGUGUAUCCGUUUACAUGUCAGCUCCCACACGGAGACUUCCCAUCCACCUUCCGUGGAGUUAAUGGACACAUCUUGUACUCCCUGACCGUGAGCAUACACAGAUGUUGGCGUAUGGCCAAGGACUUUGUGACAGAGUUGAACUUUGUCAACCACAUCGAUACCAACCUGCCAGAGUUGCAGGCUCCUCUCUCCGGCUCCAACACCAUGUCUCUGUGCUGCAUGUGGUGUUCCUCUGGUCCCAUCACCAUGACGGCGAGCAUCGUGAAGAAAGCCUUCGUGCCCGGUGAAACUGUGAACAUAGUUUGUGAGUUUAGCAACGCGUCGUCUCAAACAACGACUCCGAAGGUGACACUGCAACAGAAGCAGGUGUUUUACACCAACAACAAGGUCAACAAGAAGAUGGUUUCCAAAAACUUGGCGUCGGUGACAGGGCGGCCCGUCGAAGCUCACGCCUCUCGCGUUCACGCCGGGAUCGCGCUCGCCAUUCCCGCGGCUGCGCCGCUCACCAUCUCUAACUGCAGCAUCAUAGAAGUGGAUUACAUCAUUAAGGUUAGCCUCAGCACGAGAUUAUCAGCCAACCUCACCGUGCUGUUUCCCAUCGUUCUGUGCGACGCCCCUGUUUCCGCUCAACCGCCACUUUAUUUGUGAGUUUGUAUCUAAUAUUCCACUUGGAUGGUUUCCUGUUCGACAAAACCUCCCGUCACUUCUCAGUGUGACGUUUUACUCGGAGAGCCUUAUUUCUCAGGGGGUUUUGUAUCAGGCUAUAUUUUAUAUUUUCGAACACCUUAUUUUAACGGCUCUUUCAUCAUGGAGGGAUCACCACUGAGCAUUUUUGGUGUAUUUCAUUAUACUUUAAAGGAUGUUUCCACUUCUAUUUUGCUAACUUUGAUCCUAUUUAGCUGCUAACUGUCGUCUUCCCAGAGACAAAUAAUAUGUGUUUAGUGUCUUGUUUUACUUGAUGUUUUGUCUCUCUGUGUUUUUGAUAUUUACCACUAUACACAUUCAUCUCUCUCUCUCUAGAUUAUUGUACCCUUAAUAGUGUACAUUUGAGUACUGUAGCUGAAAGUGUAACAUUGUGUAGCUCCAUACUGGCUUCAUUCAGUGUGCAGAGUGUGUUAUUUGUGUCUGUGCAUCGUUCAGUAUGGAUUAAUUUACACAUCCGUAGGAAGUCUCUGCUGUUUCAGCAUUUGAUUGAGUAGUUUGAAGCAUUGGGUAAAACAUCUGUUACAGUUUGGGUAUUAUUACCACUUGUUCAAUACCAAAGACGUUAUUAUAUACAUGUUCACUUUUAUCAUUCUGAUGCAAUUCUCCUUUUUAAAUCGAAAAUAUGUUACCGUGUGAGAAGUCAAAUCCAAAAAUGUCAAGGGGGAUUGUCCCAAAUACUCCUGAAAAUAUAAUAUGUUUGGAAUAUAUUAUUUUAAGUAUCGUUAGUUUUAUGUUUCUUGAUAUGAAACUGAUUUAAUACCUAAAAAUCAAAGUAAAGCUCCCUUCAGCAGAGGAAACCUAAAACUCACUCUUUAGCCUCAUUAUGUGUCAUUGCGAACACAAUCAGCUUCAUUUCCUGGAUGAAAGCCGUCUCUUUGAUAUUUAGCCAUGUUAAUAUUCACGAAAUUUCGAUGGACGGCUAAUGUCGGUUCAAAUCAUUUCAGGCUGCUCCUUACUACUCUGAAAAUUAUAUAUAAUAUAUAAUAUGAUUGUAUAUGUGAAACUAAUCUACAGUCUUGAAAUGAGCUCAGAUUCAGAACGAAUCAACAGCUUGAAAGCCAUAUUUGGUGAGCAUAUUGAAUAACUUCCACCUCACUAGCUCUCCCGGGGCAAUGAACUGUGUUUGUCAAUAUUUCUUUGCUGCAAGUUCAUCCAAAGCGAUUAGUGAUAGAUAAAUCAGAUGUGUGCAAUGUAUUGUUGCUCCAUCAGUGUGUGCUUUGACUCAUUGUCGUCUGCGUGCCUAAAAAGCUGGUUUGAGUCAGUUUGAUAAUGAUAACACGAUCGAAGGUGAAUGUUUUCCCAACUCUCCCCCAAAGACAGAUGUCACUAAAUCAUCAGGGCGUGGGUGUGUCAUAUGAAAAUGCAAAGAGACUCUUUGUCUUUCUUUGCAUACCACGUUGCUCUUUUGUGUCUUGGUUAUAAAUACGCUGCAGUGCCGCUGGUUUCCUGUAGGGGGCGGUACCUCGCAGACUUACAGUGUGAGGAGAAACUACAUUUUGAGGCUUUACUCGUUAGUUGCUGUGCACAAAGUACUUACAACCAGGCACGUGCACAGACGUUUUGGGGAGCAGGUGCUCAAACCAAAAAAAAGGGCACCCAUCGGAAAAAUGAUUUUUCUGUUGAUCACUGUAACUUGAAGUUAAGUUAUUGGUUGCGAGCAACACCUGAAACACAUGUUGUGAGAAGACAUGAGAGCUGAACAAAAUGACAUUUUUUCUAUUAACAUUACAAUUUGUUUUUAUUUUUAAAAAAUGAUAGGAGCGAAAAAUGCCACAUAAUAAACAACGUUACUAACCUCGACCGCUUGGGAAAUGCGGGAAAAUGCCUGGAAAUAUUAAAGGGAGCUAGCAGUGAAUUCUUGUGACAUUUAUAAAAUGAAUUAAUAAGUUCAACAUACUUUCGAAAGUGUCUAAAUAGCAUGUAUACAACACAAAGAAGAUACCUGCCUGUAUAUCUCUCCCUCUCUCUAUUCUCUAAACAUAACUUACGUCAGUAAACAGCUGGACGAGGAAACGACGGACCAGUUGCGACGUCAUGUUUUCAGCAGCGCUAAUGUCGACGUCUUGGGAUUGCACGAACACCGUCAUUACCCGUUUGUCUGAUUCUGCCGGUGGAGGAGAAGUAGGCUGACCUGUUUGGCGUGGAGGGGGUGGCGUUUGGCGUGGCGUGAGGAGGCGGAGGGAGGUGCGCAGCGGGGGCUCGUGAGCGGCGCGAAAUGUUCCCCGACAUGCUCAAAUAAAUGCCCCGUCAGAUAACGACAAAACACAUCGGGGGGGAAUUGAUAACAGAGUAUUUUUUAUUCUUAAAUACUUAUUAAUGAAGAAAAAAUGUGGAUCCAGCAGAAAGGGCACUUUUCUCAUUGGGGGCAAAAGGGGAGGAGCUUGAGCACCACUAGGGGUCUAUCUGCACGUGCCUGCUUACAACUACUACACGUAUUUCACAGAGUUGAUCCUAUGAUGACUUAAACCAACUCAAAUAGCAGGCACUAAAUAAAUCACUGUCAAAGGUGAGGACAUGUAGAGGAAAUCAUUCACAGUUGUCAAAGGGGACUUAACAGAUCGCCUGAUGGCACCUGUCUAUGUAGGCCAGGGGUGUCCAAAGUCCGGCCCGCGGGCCAAUGGCGGCCCGCGGUCAGAUUUAAUACGGCCCGCGACAUCGGUCAUAUAAUGUGUUAUUUGUGGCCCGCCAGAUCUGUCAGAAUAAAUAAAUCAUAAAAACUUGAAAGACGUAAUUCCUCCUUUCUAAUGUAUCUGGCUCUGCAUCCGUGGCGUGAACCCUUUCCAAACCUAUUUGCCAUGGCGACGGCAAAAAAAAAGGAGAAAAGUUGACAGUGAGGGCCGCCGCUUUCAGGAGCGGUGGGAAUUACUAGUGUUUCCCCUCCCAUGAGAACAGGGUGGGGGUCCGCCCCACUGAAAUGUUCUCUAUCGCGCCAGAUUACAACAUAAGUAAUGUCAGGUUGUUUUAUUAACUAAACGGUCAUAUGUUAUUGAUCGUAUCUACAUAGCGACAUGUUGUCAUUUCUGUCUCUACGUGGUGGCGUUCACACUUCUCCUGGCUCUCGGUAUCGCGGCGGAGCUCCGCCCCCAUGCGCACAGACAGGUGCGCACAUACAGGUGAGCGAGCUGCAACCAGCCGGCAGAGAGCGUCCAAUAUGUCGCGGGAACAGCAAACCGACACCUCUGCGUUCCCACGGUGGUGAAGACACGUCGUCUCAGAGUCGCUCUCUGCUCCGGGUUCAAGAGCAGAGACGAGGUGGGGCGCGAGGGGAAAUGCAGAUUCUUUUAUUUCAAGACCUUGUUUGAGAACUUCACAUAUUACAAACUACACGGACAUAAAACUAAGUCAUAAAUAAAUAAAGAGCGAAAUGCCUGUCGCCUACUUUCGUGUAAACGUGUCGUUACAGCGUUAACCGGUUAUGCUGCGCAGACUAGAUUAUUGGGACUUGCCAGGUGUUACCUCAGCGUUCCAGCUGUUGCCCUUCAAAACAAGAGCUCAACAUUGAGCUUUAUGGAGAGUGGCCGUAUCAAGCCUGCAACCCCGUUUUAAAAAGAGGUGAAGUGGAAAGCCCAUUUUAUCACACAUAGAGUAAAACGUGAUGACUCAAACAAAUCUGCACUUGUUUUGUUUUUCAAAGGUUGCACGUUAUUGUUAUUUUGAAAAGAUAUGCAGUGUAACUAACGCUCAGUAAAACUCUUUAUGCCCAAAUAUUUGAUCUUAUUUUGUUUAAUUUUUCACAGGUUGCACUUUAUUGAUAUUAUCUUGAAAAGGUAUUCAGUGCAAAACAGGUGAAUUGCAUCCACAAUAAGCUAAAUGUGAAGUGUGUUGAACGGUAACAUAUGUCAUUAACAGUGAAAAACCUGUAGAUGUGACAAACUAUUGCUUUUCUGAAAAGAUCUAGUAAAAGAUAAGGGCAAAAUUAAUUAGUUUUUAAGUGUAAUGAUAACAGACCACUUUGCAUUACUUAUAACUCCUGUUUAAAAUGUUCAUUAAGCAACGUGAUGUUACUCAUAGAAAUGUAAGGUAUUCUAUAUACAUCUUUUUCAUUAUUAUCUGACUGAAUAAAAAGCAGACUUGGUUAUAUUAUAUGUGGUUACAUUGUCAUUUAAAAAAUAAAAGUAAUAGUGACAGUACAAAUAAAUUGUUUUAUAACAGUGUAUUUUCAUGUGACUUUUGUGGUUUAAAAAAUGUCUAAAGGAACUAUUGGCCCCCGGGCAUCUUUACUUUAUCACAAUUGGCCCUCGUUGAAAAAGGUUUGGACACCCCUGAUGUAUGCUUUCACAAUAGAUUCUUUAUUGUCCUAUAAUGUCAUUUACGCAGUGAAUAGGGCACUGACACAACAUGGUAAAAUAUCUUUAUAUAACCUUGGGUUUGGAAUGUGCUAUGGAAAUAAAACUACGUUAUUUUAAAAUAAGUGCUUACAAGAACAACAUUUAGAGAUGAUUGGGGAUUCUUUUAAAAAAUAGUGAUUUUCGCUAACAUGAACUUGUCACGCUUUUAUCCACGCGCCAUGUGAACUGAUGCAUUUUGCCUGGAUUCCAUGAAGUCAUUCAUGAUGUGGUUAGCUCACAUGAUCCCUACUUAGGGAUGGGUAUCGUUUGGGUUUUCAUCGAUACCGGUGCUAAACCGGUACUUUUAAAACGAUACCGGUGCCUAAACCGAUACUCUUUUUUUUUUUUUACGGACAAUGAGGACAUUAAAAACCUCUUCGGCCAUAUUCCCUGUAGAAGCCGUUAUCAUGGAGCACUGACAAACAACAGAUAUCAAACUGUUAACAUACACAACACAUGUUCUCCAUUAUAUGAUGUGAUACGUAUUGUCAUGUGCAGCCUUUAUAGGGUUAAUCCUCUCACUGUUUUGAUGGGCAAAGAGAACAACCAAUCAGAGGUACUGAAGAUGACACGUGACAAAUAAAGUGUUGCUUCCGACAGAGAGAGUUCCACUGAAACAGUGACGCCCCACGGUCUUUAUUCCUCCGUCAUUAUAUUCCCGGUAACACCGGGUAUACAGCCGGGAUCGCUGUACAUCAACACAUCUACUAGAGACUGUCACGCUCGUAGCUCGUAGCUAGCGCUAAACAUGGUUAUAAUGGAUAAUUUAUUAUUUAUUGGCCUACUUUUAUGAAUGCAAGACUUGCAAUCAACGUUACGGAACUAAUCUGAGUUCAGGCUGCUCUUUUAUUCAUCGGUCUCCACGUGUUCAGGGGGACCGGUGACGGUCUCCCCGUAGCGUCCAGCCUGACGCUGGGGUGCUCCACACGGGUUCACGGAGUCACACACGGCGCAGCCUCCGCUGUCAAACUUAAAUAUGAGAGGCUCGUAACCUGCUGACAGGGCGGAGUCACCAGAGAAGUUCACAACAAUAGUUUUUUUCAAUCUCAAUCUGCUCAGGCACCGAAAGGAAGCACCGAAAUGUGCGUUGCGUUUCGGUCCGGGUAGUACCGGUUGUACCCAACCCUACUUAUGACGUGGUUGACAUGUGUUAGACACGCCCACAAAAGGAGCACAGAAAAAAUCCUCUGCUUGCGCUUACAGUCAGAAUUCACCUGAUCAUUAUAUGCUUUCAUUUAACCUGCAUUGAUUUAUUGAGGAAACCUGAUUCUUUCCCCAAAGUAACAUUUUACAUUCUAAAGCCAAAUCAUUCUGAGUUUAGCAGCCACCAAUCUCGAUCUAACGUGUAGGCAAGAUUUAUUGAAGUAUUUAACUAGAAUGGGCACUCGGUAGAGCGCAUACCUUCGCAUAUCACAAGAUUGGGCAUUGAAUUAUGAACAUUUUGGCAUUAGUUACAUGCCAAUUGGACAAAAAUGUAUCGUGCUAUGGUAAAAAAAGAGUUUGACCUUUCCAUGACCUUGACCUUUGACCCGAUUGAUCCCAAAAUCUAAUCAAAUGGUCCCCGGAUAAUAACCAAUCAUCCCACCAAAUUUCAUGCGAUUCAAGAACAUUUUGACCUGUUCAUGACCUUUGACCUUGACCUUUGACCCGAUCGAUCCCAAAAUCUAGUCAACUGGUCCCCGGAUAAUAAACAAUCAUCCCACCAAAUUUCAUGCGAUUCGGUUCAAUACUUUUUGAGUUCUGCGAAAGAUUUUGACCUGUUCAUGACCUUUGACCUUUGACCCGAUCGAUCCCAAAAUCUAAUCAACUGGUCCCCGGAUAAUAAACAAUCAUCCCACCAAAUUUCAUGCGAUUCGGUUCAAUACUUUUUGAGAUUUGCGAAUAACACGCAUACAAAUAAAUAAAUAAAUAAAUAAUUACACGGCGAUCAAAACAUAACCUUCCGGCAUUUUCAAUGCGAAGGUAAUUAUGACACAAACCAGAGUGUCUGUCUGCAUGCAGAGACAGGACUCACAACAUAGCCUCUGUCUCGCCGUCUCACCUUCCUGCUUACAGCUCUUCCUUGGCAUUCACACGGUAUGUCAAACAGCGAAUAGUGUUAAGAGCUUUUCAGUGUGAUAUAAUCUAUUUUAAUAAAAUAUAUCAGUUUUUUUUAACUACUUCUGUGUAUUUGGACUUUUUUAUUUCAUGUUUGUGCACGAAAGCAAUGUUGAGUGUUUUACAAAAGCUGAAGUUACUAAAUUGUUAUGUAUGUUGUAUUACUUUGUGUCUUAAUAGGCACUUUUUGUUUUUUCAUUAAAAUGAGUGUAACAUGGA